AGAUCUCAUAGCUGCCUCUCUUCUGGACGAUAGACGGACGAGCUAACGGCAGACUAGCACACAAUUACAACCGAAUUUGAUAUGCCAGGACAGACCUUGUGUUGUCCGAUGUUUGACCUCCUGCUGAAAUGUUCCUGCCUCUCGCCUAGCGUCACGCGGCCGUUUGGACCUGCCUCGUCACCUCUACUCCCAUCCUGACUGGGAAGGCUCGUUGCGUUAAGGCUGCUUGGGGCCACUGAGUGCACUCUAAGUCUCGACAGUUCUGUCCGAGGCAUUCAUUUCCAGCAUCUCUUUUUGUGCCCUCUACGAAAAUCCUCUUCCCAAGACACGUACAUGAUGUGGCUCCCAAUCACAGCCCUUGGGGCCGUCGCCUGUGUCAUACCUAUUGUACAUGGUGCCGUGCGGGACUGCGGGCAGCCGCCGUCGGGCUCGCAGGCCUUCUGGGUUCUUGGAUGCGCGAAGCCGAUUGUCGUUGAGCGUGCCGACCCCAUCGUGAAUCCCGGGAAGCCCUCCAACCACGUCCACACCAUCAUGGGUGGCGAUGCCUUCGACUUGGAAAUGGACUUCCAGAAGACGCAGACGUCGACUUGCACCACAUGCGGCGUGACCAAGGACCUGUCGAACUACUGGGUUCCCACGGUGUACUUCCUCGCCAACAAUGGGAGCUUUCUCGACGUGAAGCAGGUUGGGGGCAUCAACAUUUACUACCAGGAGCGCAUGGACUGGACAGACUACUGCGCGGGCAAGACACUGCAGCCCUUCCCCCCCGAGUUCCGCAUGGUCGCCGGCGACAUGACUCUCCGAAGCUACAACUACAGCUCGAUGGAGCAACGGGCCAUCGAGUUCAUCUGCCUGCCCGCCAACGGAGAGGCCGGCCUGGAUCCGUUUCCCGGCUUUCCCAACCGGACAUGCAACGGCGGCCUGCAGCUCCGCGUCCGCUUCCCCUCGUGCUGGGACGGCAAGAACGCCGACUCAAAGGACCACCAGAGCCACAUGGCAUACCCGUCGGGACUUGAUAACGGGUUCUGCCCCGACACCCACCCCGUCCGAGUCCCGUCGCUCUUGUACGAGAACACCUGGGACGUGGCCGCGUUCAACCACCUGCGGAAGCCGGGAGACCAGCCUUUUGUCUUGUCUCAGGGCGAUCCCACGGGGUACGGGUAUCACGGCGAUUUCUUGAACGGGUGGGACACUGAACUCUUGGAGAAGGCGAUCCGCGACCCGUCGUGUGGAAACAGCAGCGGCGGACGCAUCAACUUCUGCAAGACGUUCCAGCCCUUCUUCCAGAACAACACGCUGCAGAACUUGUGCCCAUCCAUUCCGUUGAGGGUGGAAGAGCCAGUCUUUGAUGUCCUCCCGACCCUCCCCGGAUGCAAUCCGGUUCAGUACGGGCCUCAGAAUGCCAUCAUCUAUCCGUGCGACAACAACACCACCCCCCGGCCGACUUGAUCCCUUCGUGUGCCAGGUCCCGGGAAUCCUUUUACGGCUGAGAUUUCUGAAAGGGCAGCGGAGUUCGGCCCCAAUGGUGUGACUGGCUGCGACCGCGAUCGCAUUACCAAGCCGCCGGCAACAGACAAUUAGAUAGCAGCGGUAGAAAGUAUGAGUUCCUCCCUUAGUGGUACCGUAAUACAACUAAACACUAUUCCUUGUCCCUUUGUCGCCAUCCAGCAACAAUGGCCUUUGUGUGACUUGUCGACGGC